AUGGCGUUGACGGUGACGCUGUCUGGUUUAUCAUCGUCAGUAGGACCCAGUUCACCUCGACCAAGUAGAAGUAGUCCAUCGUCGCCGGUUGUCGAAUCGACAAACGCGACGGCGGUAACGGCAGGAACCGGUACGCGACCUGCGAGUCCUACACCGGGUAGAUGUUGCGACACGGGGAGACCCCUUUUCACCGAUCCCAUAACCGGUCAAACCGUUUGCUCUUGUCAAUACGAUUUAUUAAGUUAUCAAAGGUUGGCAAGCGCCGGUGUCGGUCCCGCAGGGUUACCUGCACUAUCAAUGUACAGUGCGCCUUACGCCGACGGUAUGGCAGCUUAUUUUCCAGCUUUGGGAGCCGAUCAAGCACCUUUUUACACUCCUUCCGCUGGUCUCGAGCUUAAGGAAAAUUUAGCUGCUGCUGGAGCGGCGGCGUCAUGGCCUUAUCCAUCGGUUUAUCAUCCUUACGAUAGUUUCGGUUACCCUUUUAACGGGUGA